UCCAAGAUCACAGCCUCACGCAAACUCUUGUUGAAGAGUCUGAUGCUGGCAAAAGCAAAGGAAGAGUGGGAGCAGGAGAUUGUGGACAAGCAGUCAGAGAAGGAAAGAUACCUGUCUGAGCGGAUCACACCACUGCACACCAGUGGGCUUUCCUUGAGCCAGCUCCAGGACCUGUGCAGGGAGCUGCAUGAGAAGGUUGAAAUUGUGGAUGAAGAGAGAUAUGAUAUUGAAGCAAAAUGCAACCAUAACACCCGUGAGAUUAAAGAUCUGAAAAUCAAAGUGCUUGAUCUGCGAGGAAAGUUCAAGCGACCUCCGCUGCGGCGCGUCCGCGUCUCCGCUGAUGCCAUGCUGAGGGCUCUGCUGGGCUCCAAGCACAAGGUGUCCAUGGACCUGAGAGCCAACCUGAAGUCUGUCAAGAAGGAGGACACAGAGAAGAACUUGGAGUCCAUGUCAGGGAUGGAGGUACUAAAGAAGAUGUUCGAUGCUUCCAAGUCCCCCACGGGCCAGUGA